AUGAUACUGACAAAACAACAGAACGCAGCAGCGCAAACGAUUAAAUGCAAAAUCUGCUUCGCCACUUUCCAGAGCACCUCAGCACGUAAAAGCCUGGAGGAUCACGCCUCAAACAAGCACAGCAAGAAAUACGAGGAGUGUUUUGUCUAG